AAUUGCGCGGAGGUAGCGGUCGCUACAAGAGCACUAAAUGUGAGACAAGGAUAGACGUAUGUCGCGUGCUCUGAGCAGUUCUUAGUUUCAAUUGGACCUACAAUCGAGUAUACAUAUAUCUUUGGUUGCAAAAAUGACAUUUCCACAAACUCAUCAAGCUGAAUUGAUAGCACUAGCAGAAUUGGCAGGAGUUUCAGCAGUUCCAGGAGUUUAUGCUAUUAUAAUAGAACUGUUGGCACUCCAAAUAUCACCAGAGGAUAUAUACAUCCUUCUGAAGCAAAUAUGCCAGCAAUCAACAGAGAAUCAAAGUGCUGAUAACGCAGAAUACCUGAAGUAAACAUUUACAUUAGAAACA